GGCGUCUUCGUGUAGGGUUUUGCCUGCCAUUUCUAGGGUUUAAGAGAACUCCAAGCUUGCAAGAAAUCCUCAUCGGUUCCUCACCGUCUUUCUUGAUGGCUUUUUGGGGGAUCGAAGUGAGGCCUGGGAAACCCUACACUCACUCCUUUGAUAGGUCCCGUGGAAGGCUUCGGAUCUCUCAGGCAACGCUUGGAGAUGGCAAAGGUACAGCAAAGAGUGUGCUGCAGUGUAAUGUUGGUGAUAAGAGCCCCAUCUUGCUCUGCAAUCUGAUUCCCAAUGUAUCUGAAUCUUGCCAUCUGGAACUGGAGUUUGAGGAGGCUGAUGAUGUGGUUUUCUCUGUUCUUGGGCAGAAAAGUGUCCAUUUGUCUGGCUUCUAUCUCGGUUCAGGUGGCAAUGGAGGGGGAGAAGAUUCUGAUGAAUCCUAUGGUGAAGAUAUUGCUGAGACAGAAUCGGAAGAUAUGGAGAACUUAUAUAACAGUGAAGAUGAUGAAUAUGAAUCCGACUUUAUUGAUGAUGAUGAUGUUGAGAUGUUUGCUUCUUCUCGCCGGAAGAGUAAUGUCGUUAUUAAGGAGAUUUUUGAAGAAGAUGAUAAGCCACAAAAUGGGAAUGCUGGCCGUCGCAGGUUAAAGAAGAAUCGUGAGAUUAGUGAUUCUGAUGAUGAGGAUGAUGUUGGUUCUCAACGUCAACUUGUUGUCAAAGGUAGCAGCCCUAAGCUAUUGGAGAGUGAAGAUGAGGAUGGUUUUCCAAUUUCUUUCUCUAUGAUGCAAAAAAGCCCUGUAAAGAAGGCUGAGGUAAAUGAAAACCCUGAUCAAAAGAGUUGUGUGGUCAAAAAAAGGAAGAUCGACACUAUGGCUGAUGAUGCUGAGUUGAAAAGGAAAUCAAGUGAGCCCAUUGAUUCUUCUGUACCUUCUGAUAUUGAACCUGAAAGUAAUGAAAAACCAAAGAAGAAAAAGAAAGUUAAGGGUAAAAAAUCCCUUCAAACUGAUGAAGGUCAACUAGUAGAGGGUAAGAUGGAGAAAAAGGACAAUGAUCUUGCGGCUGGAGCAAAUGUUGACGAGUCUGUAGAUGGUGGUAUUGUGAAGAAGAAAAAGAAAGAGAACAAGAAAGUCGAGAACUCUGAAGUUGUGAAUGGCGUUUCAGCUGAUGGACCUGAGGAAGGAGGUAAAAAAGAGCCAGCUGAAGGCAAGCCAAAGGCUGCUGACGACAUGGGUGAAGAUCUACCAGAUGCCGUUGAACAGGAGUUGUCUGUUGACAAGAACAAUGCCAAGCGAAAAAAGAAUAAGAAGAAAAUCCAGCAAACGGAAGAGAAUGCAAAUUCUAACGAAGAACUGCCCAAGAAUGCUGAUAUCCAUGAUCAACCUGCUGUUGCUGAUGAAAAGGAGACCAAGAAAAAGAAGAAAAGGAACAAAAAUCAUGAUAAUGAUCCUAAUAAUGAUGUGGCAUCUAAACUCUCUGUGGCUGAAGAGAAACAAGGUGGAGCAGGGCGAAAUGCAAAAACCUAUCCUAAUGGUCUGACGGUGGAAGAAUUGUCAAUGGGAAAACCAGAUGGCAAAAGAGCUUCUCCUGGAACUAAGGUUGCUGUGAAUUAUAUUGGCAAAUUAAAGAAUGGAAAGAUAUUUGACUCUACAACUGGCGGGAAGCCUUUCAAGUUCCGCCUUGGAAUAGGUCAGGUUAUCAAGGGAUGGGAUGUUGGCAUCAAUGGUAUGCGUGUCGGUGACAAGAGGAAGCUAACCAUCCCACCAUCAAUGGGUUAUGGGAAUAAAAAUAUAGGCCAAAUACCUGCAAACUCAUGGCUCAUUUUUGAUGUGGAGUUAGUGAGUGUCAACUGAAUUCCUUCAGUCCCAUUCUCAAAACACUGUUCCUUCCAGUUUCAAGGAAAGGAGACCAAUUUUGCUUGUCUAAUGAGGCUUCUUCAAAUCAGUAAGUCUGUAAUGCUUUGUUCUACUGUAUACCUGUGGAAUUUGUUCCUUUUUGCUCAAAGUUGUUUGUUAAAGUGAUACUUGUGUUGUCCUGCAACCAUAUUUUUUUGGGAAUAUCUUGGUACCACUUGUGGACAAAUCUUUUA